AUGCGUUCCAAAAAGCUCCAGUCUCAUAUUCUCCCUGGCCAAGCUAAUCUCCACCAGCAACGCUCUUUCUCUCAUUACUGGGCUACAGCCCAACAAGUCGACUCUGCUCGCCGCUUUCAGGCUCUUAAUGCUUGCCUCUGUUUAGCCGAUCGUCUCUCAGAGCUCUGGGUUGAUGGCCAUCUGCCUGCUUUUCUACUGGAUCUACAUUCUUUUUCGGAUACAGAUAUAGAGGUCACUUCUAACUCCGCAUUGCCUUCGGUUACGCGCCUUCUACCCUUCUUGCAGUUAGUCUAUACUCUUUAUCGCUUAAUAGAGUCUAAUAUCGUAAGCAAAUUUUCCACUUCGGCUUCCCCAGGGCCAGCAAGUCAAACAUCUCCGCCCUGCAUUGCGCCUAUUAGCGAAGCUAAGAGGGGGGUUGAGUUUCCCGAACGACGGUACUAUAGCCAGCAGAGUAGGAUACAGUAA